AUGGCCGAGCGCGGGUGCCCGCUGGAGGCAGUGCCGUUACCCGCCGAGGUGCGGGAGAGCCUGGCCGAGCUGGAGCUGGAGCUGUCGGAAGGUGACAUCACUCAAAAAGGAUAUGAAAAGAAAAGGGGAAAGCUGCUUGCACGUUAUGUACCACUCACUCAAGGAGUAGAUCCAUCCCUACAAGCAGAGACUAGGAUCCCCGGGCCCUCACAAGCCACGGCCCCCGCGCCUGAACAGCAGAAGCCGAGGCCCAGCCAUGCCCGGGACGAGUGCUUCAGGUCAGAUGUUCAUACCGAGGCCGUGCAGGCAGCUUUGGCCAAAUACAAAGAGAGGAAGAUGCCCAUGCCUUCCAAGAGGCGCUCCGUCCUCACACACACGGCCUUGGAGGCCUACACGCCCCCAGACCCGUCGUCUGCCUCAGAAGACGAGGGUUCUUUACGGCGGCCCGGGCGACUGGCCUCCGCGCCACUCCAGAGCCACGCUGGCGUCGCACCCUGGCUUGACCAGGCCGUUCAGGGCUCGCCCGCCUCCUCCGCCGCAUCCUGCACCUCAUCUCGCCCGGGAGGGCGGCCUGCCGCCGUGCCCAGUGCCGCCGCCGUGCCCACAGGCCCCGUGGCCCUCGCCCGCGUAGAUCUGCACUCUGCCCCUCCUGAUGUCACCACGGGCCUCGCACAGCAUCAGCACACCUACUGUGAGCGUCCACAGCUGGCUUCCGUGAGAGGAGUCCCUCGGGGGGGCAGCGGGAGCGUCCUAGAGACGGCAGGUGGUGUCCCCGUGAGCAGCAGAGUGUCCUCCAAGAUCCAGCAGCUUCUUAACACCCUGAAGAAACCAAAGCGCCCUCCACUGAAGGAGUUCUUCGUGGAUGAUUUGGAGGAGGCGUUGGAAGUGCAGCAACCAGAUCCAAAUCAGCCGAAGCCUGAGGGCGGCCAGAUGGCAGUGCUGAAAGGGGAGCUGCUGGCCAUGGGCAGCACCUGGCCACCGUCGCUGCUGGCCACCUUGCAGCAGUGGGGCACCACGCAGCCCAAAGCCCCGUGCCUGACCGCCCUGGAUACCACGGGGAAGGCCGUCUACACCCUCACCUAUGGCAAACUUUGGAGUCGGAGUUUAAAACUAGCUUAUACUCUACUUAAUAAACUGACUAGUAAGAAUGAACCACUCCUUAAACCCGGAGACAGAGUGGCGCUGGUGUUUCCUAAUAGCGACCCUGUCAUGUUCACUGUUGCGUUCUAUGGGUGUCUCCUGGCAGAGCUGGUUCCUGUCCCCAUCGAAGUGCCACUAACAAGAAAGGACGCUGGCAGCCAGCAGGUCGGGUUUCUGCUGGGCAGCUGUGGCGUCGCCCUGGCCCUGACCACGGACGCUUGUCAGAAAGGCCUGCCCAAGGCCCAGACCGGAGAGGUGGCGGCCUUCAAAGGUUGGCCCCCCCUCACCUGGCUGGUGAUCGACGGGAAGCACCUGACUAAGCCCCCCAAGGAUUGGCACCCAUCGGCGCAGGACGCGGGGGCCGGGACCGCCUACAUCGAGUAUAAAACCAGCAAAGAAGGCAGCACCGUGGGGGUCGCGGUGUCCCACGCAUCCCUGCUGGCACAGUGCCAGGCUCUGACCCAGGCAUGCGGCUACUCAGAAGCUGAAACGUUAACAAAUGUGCUGGAUUUCAAAAGGGAUGCCGGCCUGUGGCAUGGAGUGUUAACAAGUGUCAUGAACAGGAUGCACGUGGUCAGCAUCCCAUAUGCGCUGAUGAAGGCGAACCCACUCUCCUGGAUUCAGAAAGUGUGUGCGUAUAAAGCCCGGGCCGCGCUGGUGAAGUCCCGCGACAUGCACUGGUCGCUCUUGGCGCAGCGAGGUCAGAGGGAUGUCAGCCUCAGCUCCCUGCGCCUGCUGGUCGUGGCCGACGGUGCGAACCCGUGGUCCAUAUCCUCCUGUGACGCGUUCCUCAACGUCUUCCAGGCCAGAGGGCUGAGGCCGGAGGUGAUCUGUCCCUGUGCCAGUUCCCCGGAGGCGCUCACGGUGGCCAUCCGCAGGCCGCCUGACCUGGGGGGCCCUCCUCCAAGAAGAGCUGUGCUGUCGAUGAGCUGCCUCAGUCACGGCGUGAUCAGACUGGACGUGGAAGAGAAGCUCUCGGUCCUGACGGUUCAGGACGUGGGUCAGGUGAUGCCUGGAGCUAACGUGUGUGUUGUGAAGGUGGAGGGGACCCCUUACCUCUGUAAAACCGAUGAAGUUGGAGAAAUCUGCGUCAACUCCAGCGCGACGGCGACAGCAUACUAUGGGCUGCUUGGGAUCACAAAGAACAUCUUUGAGACUGUCCCAGUCACGGCAACGGGUGCGCCCGUCUCCGACAGACCUUUCACCAGGACGGGGCUGCUGGGCUUCAUCGGGCCUGAUGACCUGGUCUUCGUCGUGGGCAAGCUGGACGGGCUGAUGGUGGUGGGGGUCCGCAGACACAACGCGGACGACAUCGUGGCCACCGCGCUGGCCGUGGAGCCCAUGAAGUUUGUCUACAGAGGCAGGAUCGCGGUGUUCUCCGUGACAGUGCUGCACGAUGACCGGAUCGUGCUGGUGGCAGAGCAGCGGCCCGACGCCUCAGAGGAGGACAGCUUCCAGUGGAUGAGCCGUGUGCUACAGGCCAUCGACAGCAUCCACCAGGUGGGCGUGUACUGUCUGGCCCUGGUUCCUGCAAACACCUUGCCCAAGGCCCCUCUAGGAGGGAUUCACGUUUCUGAAACCAAACAGCGCUUUCUGGAGGGGAUGCUGCACCCGUGUAACGUGUUAAUGUGCCCUCACACGUGUGUUACCAACCUUCCCAAGCCUCGCCAGAAGCAGCCAGAGAUUGGGCCAGCCUCCAUGGUUGUUGGGAACCUGGUCGCUGGGAAGAGAAUCGCUCAGGCCUCGGGGAGGGAGCUGUCUCACCUGGAGGACAGUGACCAGGCGAGGAAGCUCCUGUUCCUGCCCGACGUGCUGCGCUGGCGGGCCAGCACCACGCCCGAGCACCUGCUCUUCCUGCUGCUGAGCGCCAAGGGCACAGUCACCAGCACCACCACCUGCAUCCAGCUGCACAAAAAGGCUGAGAGAGUGGCCGCUGCUCUGAUGGAGAAGACCAGGCUGACCACCGGGGCCCACGUGGCCCUGGUCUACCCUCCAGGGGUGGACCUCAUUGCCGCCUUCUACGGCUGCCUGUACUGCGGCUGUGUGCCCGUCACUGUGCGGCCCCCGCACCCCCAGAACCUCGCCACCACGCUUCCCACCGUCAAGAUGAUUGUGGAGGUCAGCAAGUCUGUGUGCGUACUCACGACACAGGCCAUCACGCGGCUGCUCAAGUCCAAAGAAGCACUGGCCGCCGUGGACGUCAGGACCUGGCCGACCAUUCUAGAUACAGAUGACAUACCCAAGAAGAAGGUGGCCAGCAUCUUCAGGCCCUCGUCCCCAGACGUGCUCGCAUACUUGGACUUCAGCGUGUCGACCACGGGGAUCCUGGCGGGUGUGAAGAUGUCGCACGCAGCCACCAGCGCCCUGUGCCGCUCCAUCAAGCUGCAGUGUGAGCUGUACCCCUCCAGGCAGAUCGCCAUCUGCCUCGACCCCUACUGUGGCCUCGGCUUUGCCCUGUGGUGUCUCUGUAGUGUCUACUCGGGACACCAGUCGGUGCUGGUGCCCCCGCCGGAGCUGGAGACCAACGUGUCCCUGUGGCUGUGGGCUGUCAGCCAGUACAAGGCCCGUGUCACCUUCUGCUCCUACUCGGUGAUGGAGAUGUGCGCCCGGGGCCUGGGCGCGCAGACAGCGGUGCUCAGGAUGAAGGGCGUGAACCUGUCGUGCGUGCGCACCUGCAUGGUGGUGGCCGAGGAGCGGCCCAGGAUCGCGCUCACACAGUCCUUCUCCAAGCUGUUCAGGGACCUGGGUCUGCCUGCGCGUGCUGUGAGCACCACGUUUGGCUGCAGGGUCAACGUGGCCAUCUGCCUCCAGGGCACGGCCGGCCCGGACCCCACGACCGUCUACGUGGACAUGAGGGCACUGCGCCGUGACAGGGUACGUUUGGUGGAACGGGGUUCUCCGCACAGUCUGCCAUUGACAGAGUCUGGAAAGAUCCUCCCUGGAGUGAAGGUCAUCAUUGCCCACAGCGAGACCAGAGGGCCCCUGGGCGACUCGCACCUGGGCGAGGUCUGGGUGAGUAGCCCGCACAGCGCCACUGGGUACUACACGGGCUACGGGGAGGAGGGGCUCCACGCCGACCACUUCAGUGCCCGGCUGAGUUUCGGAGACACCCAGACCGUUUGGGCAAGGACUGGCUUCCUGGGAUUCCUCCGAAGGACAGAGCUCACCGACGCCAGCGGAGAACGACACGAUGCGCUGUACGUGGUGGGGUCUCUGGACGAGACGCUGGAGCUGAGGGGCAUGCGCUAUCACCCCGUCGACAUCGAGACGUCAGUGAUCCGGGCGCACAGGAGCAUCGCCGAGUGUGCCGUGUUCACCUGGACCAACCUGCUGGUGGUGGUGGUGGAGCUGGAUGGACUGGAACAGGAUGCACUGGACCUGGUGGCCCUGGUGACGAAUGUGGUGCUGGAGGAGCAUCACCUGGUGGUGGGCGUGGUGGUCAUCGUGGACCCAGGCGUCAUCCCCAUCAACUCCCGCGGGGAGAAGCAACGCAUGCACCUGCGUGACGGCUUCCUGGCCGACCAGCUGGACCCCAUCUACGUCGCCUACAACAUGUGA